AUGUUGGUUAGAAAAACCUAUGUUAUAUUGAUAUUUAAAAGAGAUUUGGUUCAGUGGAAUCCGCAUUCUUCUGGUUGUUUUAAAUGUAAUGUCGAUGCCGCGUUUAAUCAGCGUGUCGGAUCUACGGAUCGUGGUUGGUGUAUUCGCAACGAUCAUGGUAACUUUAUUGCCGCAGGUACUGCGUGGGAUAUGUGUAAUUUCUCGGUGCUAGAGGCGGAGGCCUUAGCUCUUAAGGAAGCAAUCCAAGCUAGUUCUACGUUUCACAAUGCUCCAAUGAUUUUUGAGAGUGAUUCCCAACAGGUGGUUAAAGCUCUUGGUUCCAAUUCGAAGGGUAGUUCGGAGUUUAUCACUAUUAUUAAUUCUAUUAAGUCGUUACUUCUAGAUUUUCCCAACUUUGAGGUUAAGUUCAUAAAGCGUCAAGCGAAUAUGGUUGCCCAUAAUUUAGCCAAGGCGGCCAAUUUUUGGUCUCGACGCUGUUUGUUUGAUGUAAUUCCUCCUUGUAUUACUUUCCAUUUGAUUAAUGAAAGCAGUUGA